AUCGACCUGAAUUUUAGGACGGGGCCGAAAAAGCUUGGCCCUGAAAUUUAGAUACCAUGUUUAAUCGGGGAACCAAUCUCCGCUGAUACGAGACGAGCUACAGCAGAGGAACUGCAAGUCUGGUAUGGAGAUGACUACGCCAGAGAACUUCGCCUUGUCAGAGACAAAAACUUGCUCUUCAGACCUAAAUAUAUCAAUGGAGAAGAAAUGUUCUAAUGAUUGUUCUGCAAGACAGUACAAUUGUGAGGUGUGUGGUUAUGCAUGUAACGAGAAUAGUUCCUUGAAGAAACACAUGCUGAUACAUACAGGAGAAAGACCGUACAAGUGUGAGGCGUGUGGUAAAGCAUUUUACAAGAUUGGUUAUUUGAAGAAGCACAUGAAGAUACAUAACGAGAAACUGAACAUAUGUGAUGUGUGUGGUUAUGCAUGUAUCCGUAGUAGUGACUUGAAGACACACAUGAUGAUACAUACAAGAGAGAGACCAUACAAGUGUGAGGAGUGUGGUUAUGCAUGUUACCAUAGCAGUAUAUUUACGAUACACCUGAGGAUACAUACAGGAGAGAGACCAUACAAGUGUGAGGUGUGUGGUUAUGCAUGUAACCAGAGUGGUUCUUUGAAGACACACAUGAGGAUACAUACAGGAGAAAGACCGUACAAGUGUGAGGUGUGUGGUUAUGCAUGUAACGAAAGUCGUAACUUGAAACAACACAUAAGGAUACAUACAGGAGAGAGACCGUACAAGUGUGAGGUGUGUGGUUAUGCAUUUAAAAAUAGUGGUACCUUGAAGACACACAUGAGGAUACAUACAGGAGAGAGACAUUUCAAGUGUGAGAUGUGUAGUUUUGUCUGCAACCAGAAUAGUAACUUGAAGAGACACAUUAUGAUACAUACAGGAGAAAGACCGUACAAGUGUGAGGUGUGUGGUUAUGCAUGUAUUGAGAGUGGCACCUUGAAGAAACACAUGAAGAUUCAUAAUGGAGAGAGACCGUACAAGUGUGAGGUGUGUGAUUAUGCAUUUAACCAUAGUGGUAACUUGAAGACACACAUGAGGAUACAUACAGGAGAGAGACUGUAAAAGACUGUACAAGGUGAGGUGUGUGUUUAUGCAUGUAACUGGAUUGGUCACAUGAAGAAACACACUAGUGUGACACAGAAUAAAGACUGUACAAGUGUGACGUGUAUUAUAGUAAUGUGGUAAAGCAUUUAACCGGAGUGGCACUUCAUGGUAAAUUGUUUAAUCAGUAUGUUUAAGUAUAAAUUUAAGCUAAUGUGAAUUAAAACUCUGUUAUAUCACACAAUUCUCAUGGUGAGCUUUUAAGAUCGCUGUUUUCUGAAGUUGUUUCACGUCUGUCGUUAAAAUUUACCUUGUUAACACUCUACAGGCUACAUUUGUUUUCCAAAUGUCUUGAAACUUGCGCCGCUGAUUAGUUUCAAUGAUAUCGUGGUGGAGUUUGUAACUGGGUCACGUUUGGGGUCAAAAACAAAAGUCACCAGGUCAAAUUAAAGAAAAAGCUUGUUUAUGUUCACACUCUAGAAGUCACAUUUAUAGUCAAGUCAUCAUAUCUGAGUCCCAAAAUGGUUCCUAUUCAUUUAAAAAAACAUGGCCGCCAAGGGGCAGAGCAGUUUUCCUUAUAUUACUGUAGAAAAACUCACAUUUUAAGUCAAAUAUUCUAAGUUUAUGAAACUUAAUUUGAAUGUGUUUUCGAAUGAUAUCUCAGCUAAGUUCGAAAAUAGUUCAGAUGUGUUGAAAAGGAGAAUGAGACGGACGAGUAGAUAUGGCUGGAAAAGGACUGUCCAAUCUUCAUGAAACUUUGUUAGAACAUUUGUCCCAAUUAACUUUCCGAGUUUCGGCUGAGUUAGAGCCUGUGUCAUGUAGAUUAAAAACAAGUUCACUUAGUCAAAUUAAAAAAAAAAUCUUGUUUAACCUAUAGAGGUCAAUUGUUUUGUACAGUCUUCCUGAAACUUAUUUAAAGCAUUUGUUUUAAUUAUAUAUCAGCUGAGUUCAAAUAUAAUAUUGUGCCUAUAGAUUAAAUAUUUAUAUUUCCAGUGUUGUUUCAGUCAAAUUUGGGGGCUGCAAUAUGACCCCUUCCAGACCGUAAAAAGUAUACAAUUUCCCCAAAUAACUGCCUUGAAUUUCAAUUUGAAGGUUUCAAAAUUAUUUUUAAUUGAAACAUUCAGUUUAUCCCAAUAUCCAGCUUUAAUUAUGAGUUCAACCAUCUCGUAAAUAAUGUUUAUAAUUACAAACUCUUGUUUUCUUAAAAACACAAUCAAUUCCAACUCCAUUUCCAAUUUUUUAUCAAAAUGUAGCUUAUUCACAAAAUAAAAAAUACUGGAUUCAUAACGUACUUUUUUAACUCCACCUCAAAAUAGUUAAGGUCAUUUGCAUCUCAGUUGAUCACCUAAGUGCCUAUGGCCCUCUUGUUUAAAAUAAGUGUUAUGUUUGUAUAUAAGGAAAACAUAUAUAUAUAUAUAUAUAUAUAAAGUGAUUUCAUCAAUGGGUGUUUCAUAAAUUUCAUGUAUUGCUUAUUAUGCAUCAAAAUGUUGUAUUGUAUUUAAGCUCCAUUUUCUCCAAUUUUAUAGAGGAACCAAACAAUGUUUACCUAAUAAAUUGAGCAUUGUCAUGCGAAAAUGGGUCUAAUGCCAUUUUCCACCAGCAUACAUGUGGCUCCAGACCAGGAUCUACCCAGUCAGGCAAGGUAUCGUGGUCUCUUUAAUGACAGGGUCACUACUGACUAAACUGGGCCUAUGAGAAGGCUUGUCUGGAGCUACGCUGGCCACAUAUAGCUUAACUUUAGCUGAAGGGUAGCUCCUGACUAAACUGGGCCUGUGAGAAGGCUUGUCAUGGUAGCUACUGACUAAACUGGGCCUAUGAGAAGGCUUGUCUGGAGCUACGCUGGCCACAUAUAGCUUAACUUUAGCUGAAGGGUAGCUCCUGACUAAACUGGGCCUGUGAGAAGGCUUGUCAUGGUAGCUACUGACUAAACUGGGCCUAUGAGAAGGCUUGUCUGGAGCUACGCUGGCCACAUAUAGCUUAACUUUAGCUGACAGGGUAGCUACUGACUAAACUGGGCCUGUGAGAAGGCUUGUCUGGAGCUACGCUGGCCACAUAUAGCUUAACUUUAGCUGACAGGGUAGCUCCUGACUAAACUGGGCCUGUGAGAAGGCUUGUCAAGGUAGCUCCUGACUAAACUGGGCAUAUGAGAAGGCUUGUCUGGAGCUACGCUGACCACAUUUAGCUUAAGACCCGUUUUCCCAUGACGCCGUUCAUUUUAUUUAGAAAAUGCGUUCAAUUAGCUGUAAAUGUAAUCUACUAGGUGCUUUUAGUGUUGCACGUGUGUUAGGAGUGUUUUAAAAAUGUUCAAGUUCUGACUGUUAGUAAGAAAUGUUAUCAUCUUGAACUAGGUAAAAUGUUUUAGUAUUGGUAUAAUGUUUGUUAUUUUAUUUUUUCCUAUGUUAUUGUUGUUUGUUCCUAAAAUGAAAAAUGUUCUUAAAGCUUAAUAAAAGCUUAGUAAAACCA